GAUAUUCCUGCAACGGUAAAUGAAAGUUUCUGAAUAUUUCGGAUUGAGGAGCCGAGGAAGACGAUUUGUGGUCUCUGGAGUAGCCGAGUAGCCGACUUCCUCUCUGCCUCCGGUUUUCGAUUUUGGUUAUCGAUUCUCUAAUAUUAGUAUUUCUACUGAUUCUCUCAUACAGUUACACUAAGAAGUUUUAUUUACAGACAUCAGACACUCAUGCUACACUAAGUCUAAGUGAAGUUCAAAGAUGGAAAUGGCUUCUUUCAGUGGUAUAUCACAUUGUCAUCAUCACAGGCUAUGGUGGCAACCGAAUACUUCCAAGCUUCCAGUUUCUUGCUCUAUGCCACCUCCUUCAUUUACAGGUACUAGUCAUGGAUCUAAAGUUGGGUAUAAGAGAUCUGGAAGAUUUGAAGGAGCUGGAAAGAGCAUGGAAGAUUCUGUGAAGAGAAAAAUGGAGAAGUUUUAUGAAGGGCAAAAUGGUCCACCUCUUCGUGUUCUUCCAAUUGGUGGUUUAGGAGAAAUUGGAAUGAAUUGUAUGCUUGUUGGGAAUUUUGAUCGGUAUAUUCUUAUUGAUGCUGGUGUCAUGUUCCCAGACUAUGAGGAUCUUGGUGUUCAAAAAAUUAUACCUGAUACAACAUUUAUAAAAAAAUGGUCUCAUAAAAUUGAAGCAGUUGUUAUAACACAUGGGCAUGAAGAUCACAUUGGUGCGUUGCCUUGGGUUAUACCUGCUUUGGAUUCACGUACUCCAAUAUUUUCAUCAACCUUUACAAUGGAGCUUAUUAAGAAGAGAUUGAAGGAAUCAGGCAUAUUUGUGCCUUCAAGGCUUAAAACAUUUAAAACAAAGAAGAAAUUUAUGGCUGGACCUUUUGAGAUAGAGCCAAUUAGGGUUACUCAUUCGAUUCCUGAUUGUUCUGGAUUAGUUCUUAGAUGUUCUGAUGGUGUUAUUCUUCACACCGGGGACUGGAAGAUUGAUGAGUCACCAUUGGAUGGACAAGUUUUUGAUCGUGAAGGUUUAGAACAGCUCUCAAAAGAAGGGGUAACUUUGAUGAUGAGUGAUUCAACAAAUGUACUCUCACCUGGAAGGACACUUAGUGAAACCGUUGUAGCAAAUUCACUACUAAGGAAUAUUUCAGCUGCAAAAGGAAGAGUAAUAACCACUCAAUUUUCAUCAAAUAUUCAUAGACUUGGAAGUGUUAAAGCUGCAGCUGAUGCAACUGGAAGAAAGUUGGUAUUUGUUGGGAUGUCUUUGAGGACCUAUCUUGAUGCUGCAUGGAAAGAUGGAAAGGCACCAAUUGAUCCUUCAACUCUUGUGAAAGUUGAAGACAUUGAUGGUUAUGCUCCAAAAGACUUGCUAAUUGUUACUACUGGUUCUCAAGCAGAACCUCGUGCUGCACUUAACCUUGCAUCAUUUGGAAGCAGUCAUUUUUUCAAAUUGAGCAAAGAAGACUUAAUUUUGUAUUCUGCCAAGGUGAUUCCUGGUAAUGAAUCUAGAGUGAUGAAAAUGAUGAAUCGAUUAUCUGAAAUUGGGCCCACAAUAGUCAUGGGGAAAAAUGAACAACUACACACAUCUGGUCAUGCCUAUCGUGAAGAAUUGGAAGAAGUGCUGAGGAUUGUGAAACCACAACAUUUUUUACCUAUUCAUGGGGAACUCUUAUUCCUCAAAGAACAUGAAUUGCUUGGAAAAUCCACUGGGAUUCAUCACACUGCUGUCAUAAAGAAUGGAGAAAUGCUUGGGGUUUCUCAUUUGAGGAACAGAAGAGUUUUGUCUAAUGGUUUCAUAGCCCUAGGAAAAGAAAAUUUACAGUUGAUGUACAGUGAUGGUGACAAAGCAUUUGGUACAUCUGCUGAUCUUUGUGUAGAUGAAAGGAUGAAAAUUGCAACAGAUGGAAUAAUAAUUGUCAGCAUUGAAAUCAUGCGUCCUCAAUCAACCGAAAAUACUGCAUUACUGAAAGAAACAAUUAAAGGAAAAAUAAGAAUAACUACACGUUGCUUAUGGAAUGACAAUGGGAAGCUUCUAGAUGCUCUUCAUAGUGCUGCACAUGCAGCCCUAUCCAGCUGUCCAAUAAAAAGCCCCUUACCUCAUAUGGAAAGAACUGUUUCUGAAGUUUUAAGGAAAAUGGUAAGAAAAUAUAGUGGAAAAAGGCCUGAAGUCAUCACACAUGCUAUUGAAAAUCCUAUUGCUGUUAUUGCUGAUGAAAUUAGUGAAAAGUUAUCUGGUGUGAAUGUGAAUGUGAAAGUCAACAAUGGUUUUGAAAUGCCUUUGGGGAAAUCGGUUGAUGGGAGUUUAAAAAAGAGAAAGUCAAGUAAGUUUCAAGAAGAAAAGAAAGAUCUUGAUAAUGAAAUUAAAGGAGAUGAAGGAUUGUUAUCCGAGGAAGAAACCACCACAUCUGUUUCCGACUCGACGGGAAUCGCGGUUUCCGAUUCCGAUGAAUUCUGGAAACCGUACACGGAUUCCGAUUCCGUUGAGCAAUCGGAAAGUGAUAGCAAGGAUGAUUCUGAUUCUAGUAAUACAAGCAAGAAGCCUCUGAAAAGAAACAGAUGGAAACCAGAAGAGGUUAAAAAGCUUAUAAAGUUUCGUGGUGAGUUGAAUAGUAGAUUCCAAGUUGUGAAGGGAAGAAUGGCACUUUGGGAAGAAAUAUCCGGGAAUCUUUCCACUCAGGGGUAUAAUCGAAGCCCUGGGCAAUGUAAAUCUUUAUGGGCUUCAUUGCUUCAAAAAUACGAGGAAAGCAAGAAAGAAUCUGAAAGCAAGAGAAGCUGGCAAUAUUAUGAAGACAUGGAUAACAUCUUCUCCACUUCUUCUGAUGCUACUAUGAUAAACAAACAAUGAUUUAAGAAAUUAAAUCUGUUAGCUAGGGUUUUGCUAGUGGAAUAUAUAUUAUGUGGUCAUGUAAUUUCAUUAGAUUUGAGUUUAUAUUUAAAAGCUAGGUUUUGCCACUAAACUUAAGAAAUUGUAUUCUUCUAAAAUCCAAUAUGAAAAAAAAAACAUAAAAAGAGGUGUAUCCCUCUAGGGUUUUGAGUA